CUCUCCUCACUUUUCUUGAAACUGCAUCCCUUGAACAGCUAGCUCCAAUGUCUGCUGCAAACCCGCCGCUGGUCUGGAUCGACUGCGAGAUGACCGGUCUCGACUACAACAACGACACCAUUAUCGAGAUUGCCUGCAUCAUUACCGACGGUGACCUCAGUACCCUGGAGCAGGGUGAAGACAUCAUCAUCCACCAUCCCAAGGCAGUCAUGGAUUCGAUGAACGAAUGGUGCAUUGAGCACCACGGCAAGUCCGGUCUGACCCAGGCUGUCCUGGACUCCAAGGUCACAAUGGCUGAGGCAGAGGAACGCGUUCUUGCCCUGGUCAAGCGCCACUGCCCAACCCCACGCACUGCCAUCCUUGCCGGCAACUCUGUGCACGCCGACCGUGCAUUCCUCUACAGGCUGAUGCCAAAGUUGAACGAGUAUCUCCACUACCGCAUUAUUGAUGUGAGCUCGAUUGGUGAGCUAGGCAAGCGCUGGAACCCGUCGGUUUGCUUGAAGCGGCCCAAGAAGAAGGAGGCCCACCGUGCCUUGGACGACAUAUUGGAGAGCAUUGAGGAGCUGCGGUACUACCAAAAGAACCUGUUCAAGCCCUAGGACUUCUGGGAUCCGUGCUCCUACCCAUACACGAGCGGCUGAUGCUCGUUUUGGAAAUGAAGACUCGUUAGCCUCCCCAAGGCUAUCAAGGCACUCUCUCUUCUGCAUACAAGUUUCCUCAUAUUGUUUUUAUUCAAAGUGCAACAAUAAAACCUCUCUACAUGG